UGAAUACAACCGUGGAAUGUCAGAUUUCAUAAUUCCGUAAAACGUACCAUUUCUCCGGAUAACGUCAAUACGUCGUCGUUUUGAGAGUGUCGGUUCUUUUGAUACCUUGAUUCUGAAUCGUUUCCUUCCCUUCACCUCAAUUUCGUUUUCUGAAAUUACGCAAACGAAGCCUCACUCUCCUCUCUGUUGCUGCAUGUCUCCAUGGCCUCGGGUUCAGAUUUUGCUUUAGCAGUCCCUUCAGAAUUGGAAUCAAUUUUGAGGUUGAAGACUGUUAACUACUUUAUAACUAGGAGGCCAUGGCUUGAUCUUUAUGGAGUUAAUGUGAGACCCGUUGCGCCGUUUGGAAGUGCAAGUAGAAAGCCUCACGUGGAUCCUGCGCUUAUACAUCGUGUCUUACCAGAUGAGUUGCUCUUUGAGGUAUUUGCUCGAACGACUCCAUAUGAUUUGGGAAAAGCAUCUUGUGUUUGUCGAAAAUGGCGGUAUACAAUUCGCAACCCUGCAUUUUGGCGCAAUGCAUGCUUGAAGGGUUGGCAGCUCUCUGGAGCGGUUGAAAACUAUAAGAUACUUCAAUCAAAAUAUGAUGGCUCAUGGCGGAAAAUGUGGCUCUUACGUCCAAGGUUGCGAACUGAUGGUCUUUAUGCAAGCAGAAAUACCUACAUUCGGGCUGGAGUUGCAGAGUGGAAAAUCACUAAUCCUGUUCACGUGGUCUGUUAUUUCCGAUACCUGAGAUUUUUUCCUUCUGGGAGAUUUCUUUACAAGAAUUCUUCUCAAAAGAUCAAGGAUGUGGUGAAGUGCAUGAACUUUCGAUCAUCUAAAUCAGAUGACAGUGUCUUUGGUGGACACUACACAUUGGCAGAUGACAAGGUUGAAGCUGCUGUCUUGUAUCCAGGCAUGCGACCUACUGUUUUGAGGAUACGCAUGAGGUUAAGAGGAACAACUGCAGGGGCUAACAAUAGAAUGGAUUUGAUCUCACUUGUCACUAGUGGUGUGAACAGUAGUGAGGCAAGCACAUCUGAGGAAGACAUUCUUGGAGUCGUUGAAGGAUGGCAAGAUGAUGAAACACACAACCCAGAUGUGCCAGCAGUCUCACAUAAGAGGGGCAUGACUUCCUUUGUCUUUGUUCCAUUUGAGGAGGCGGAGGCUUCUGUUUUGAAUUUGCCUGUGGAGAAAAUGGAUUAUUAUGUUCCUGGUUGAAUGAUGCCGCAGAAUAUGUCUGGUUCCAAUUGUAAAUAUUCCAUAAGUUCCCAUAUAAAGUCAAAAUAAUUUGUGUAGUUGCAUGCAUGUAUGACAAUGGUGUGAUGAUGUUGAUUCUGUUGAGUUGUGGAAUUUAUCUUAUGUUCUGCUUUGUGCACCUAGGUAACUAUAAAAACAGUAUGUACAUAAUUGUAAUUAUAGUUUGUUGCAUGCAAACCAUGUAUUCAUCUGUCAAAAAGUUGAAGGAUAAAUCGGAAGCUUGGUAGAAUUUUAAUUUACAUGAAAUAAAUGGUAUUGAUGUGUGAUGUCCUGAA